AUGGAUUGCCAAGCGCAAUCACCGCAGAGCGCGAACAGUAAGCUUGCUGGCAAUAAUCAAAGCUGGAAACAAUUCCUGCUUUCAGCUAUCUUUUAUCGAAUAAUGAGUGUCAAAAAGGAGCCUGAAUUGUGCUGUCGUAACUUGUAUAUCAUUUCGUUGAGAGCAUCUGCGAUUCCUAGUGCAAUUAGAUUGUAUGGCUUGGGCGCCAUCUAA